CAAAUUAAUAGCUGCAUAUCAAGUUAUUGGUGAGGCCUUCUUCUGGAUACGCUUUGAUCACGAAGCAGUUUGCGAGUGUAAGUGAAGUACAUGUGUUUUAUGUUGUGGAAUCAGCCGUGUAGCAUAGACUUCUUUCCUUACCUAGGGAAAGGACAAAAAGAACAUUCUGGAACAACAUUCAGGGAUAUGUAUCCAGAGAGGACACACUAUGACAGACUAGUUAUUUGACUAAUAUGAUAAGUUGUGAUCCUUUUUAUAUAUUUAAGAUUUCAUUUUGUUGGAAAGCUUUCCAAGGGUGACCUAGGACAUGUGCCAAUGACGAAAGCCUCUUGUAACAAUUCAGAGCAUGCUGUGUGCGUUAUGAAAUGGGAUUGUAAAAAUCCUCUCCAAAAUGGCAUCUGAAAUAGCAUUAAAGCACAGUUUCCUUUGAUAAGGCUUUAAGACCCUCCUAUGAAAAGUGAUACUACUCUGAGUGACACUGUGUCAGCAUUAUGCGAUGUUGUGUUGUUCAGAACCGACAUUAAUCCAUUAAGGGUGCGAGGGUCAUUUAUUUUCCUCAUGAAGUCAUUAAAUACCACUAUUGAUUUCUUUUCAGUCAGUCAGAUUGUACCUUCGUUUUAUGAUCACACUAUACAUUAAUGCUAAGUGUUGAUUUUAUGCGCUUUAAAUAAUGGAUCCUAUCUUAUUUAAAAUUAAAGUUUAAAAUGAAGUUAAAAAACAGCAGUUGGGAAAACAAAAUUGUAUAAUUGGCUCACUAACCAAGAUCACGUUUACUAGAAUUAGAAAAGUGAUGUUGAUGUUUAAAAAUGUAUAACUUGCCCAUCUCCUGUGUAUUGUUUUCUAAAUAGUUGAGAGAUGACUUUUAAUUCAUCUUUAGUAAAGUAAAAUGAACAAAACUGGAAAUGUGGGUCUUUAUAACACCCUUUUCCCGCUGCCACUCUUGUAACUAAAUAUACCACUCUCUGCUGCUUUGCGGAUGGGUCCGUUGCGCAUUUACUGUCCAAUUCCCUCCUUUUUGCCACGUAAACAAAAACAAAGAGUAAAUACUCAGAUUUACUGGAUUUACCGGAACCAGAUUCCUGGUCCUUUGGAGUAUGGAGCAGGAAAAUGGGGGAGGAAAAUGAAAAACAAAAAAAUCAGUGUAGGAUAUUCUGUUCUGGAAACACAGAUGGAUAGUACUCCGUGAUUUUGGUUACAGAACUCCUUUUAUGAUAUAAGUUGUUCAUUUCACUGGAACGAUGGGGAAUGGCUGCUUCUUUCCCCUCCCUGGAAAUAACCGUGUUUCUCAAAAGAAAUGGCAAUGGAGAGAAUUCCAUUCUUUCUGAUUUCUGUCAUUCUCUUAAGACCAGUAAUUUUUUUCCCUUAAAUACAAAUACGUUAUAUCUCGUGUUGUUACUUGAAGGCGUACUUGAGUAGUACCAGGAACUCUGUAGGGUUCCUAUUCUGGCCGCGUUUUGACUACUUCUCUUCCCUGUCCUUUUGGAACAUGACAUCAAGAUUCGUGGUCGAGACAGAGGCGAGGUGAUGUUUAUUUAUUAGAUCCCCGCUCUCCCAGGCAGUACUCCUGAAGGUCUCCAGUCUCCAGUGCAGGAGAAGCGAGUGGUACCACGGCUGUUACAAGAGCAUCUUUGGAAAAGCUGUGCGCUCAGCACCUUUUUUCGUAGGCUUCUUGCCUGGCUCAUUGACGGAAACCUGAGCGGAGCUGUGAUAUUAAUGAAUUAUGACGAGCCCUUUGCCUGCCAGGCGGAGGUUCCCGCCUCCCUCCUUUAAGACAGAAACUUAAUGGAAGCUGCUCCAAUGGGCAGGCUCUCUGAUGAUACCCCUUAAGUGCUCAUCCCCUUUUCUGAUGUGAAUAUUCAGAGAGCCACAGAAGCUUCAAGUGGCAGCGUUUAAUAUCGUCUUUCUCAUAAUGCCUGAAUAAUUUUCCGGAGACUGAUCGCUGCAGCUGCUGUGAACAUGGUUAUUUGUUUAGUUUUCACCUUGGUCCUGGUGGAAUGCUGACCCAGCUAAUCUUCAGGACUCACGGGGAAAACGGUUUCAUAUUCAUAGCUCUUGUCUGUUCUUCCAAAAAAACACAAAACUGAAGCGUGUGAUCAGCCACUUUCGUAAUAGAGACAUAAGGAGAACUGGUUCUUUGGUGAGAAAAAAAAAAAAAGACGAUUAAUGAAGAAUUUGGUGAAACAUGAAGACGAUCUUGCAUAUUUUUAAUGGAUGUUUGUGACAAGGAAGGAGAAAGCUUAGGCUGUCGUGAGCAACCUGCAAACAACCAAGGCCAGCCCACCCUUCCGCCUCUGCCACCACCCCAUAAGCAGCACCCCGCACAGCACCAUCCGUCCAUCACUUCUCUCAACAGAAACUCCCUGACCAAUAGAAGGAACCAGAGUCCGGCCCCGCCGGCUGCUUUGCCCGCCGAGCUGCAAACCACACCCGAGUCCGUCCAGCUGCAGGACAGCUGGGUCCUUGGCAGUAAUGUACCACUGGAAAGCAGGCAUUUCCUAUUCAAAACAGGAACAGGGACAACGCCACUGUUCAGCACUGCAACCCCAGGAUACACAAUGGCAUCUGGCUCUGUUUAUUCGCCGCCUACUCGGCCACUACCUAGAAACACCCUGUCAAGAAGUGCUUUUAAAUUCAAGAAGUCUUCAAAGUACUGUAGCUGGAAAUGCACCGCCCUGUGUGCUGUAGGGGUCUCCGUGCUCCUGGCAAUCCUCCUAUCGUAUUUUAUAGCGAUGCAUCUCUUUGGCCUCAACUGGCAGCUGCAGCAGCCCGAAAACGACACAUUUGAGAACGGAAAAGUGAAUUCUGAGGCGGCGCCGACAAACACUGUGUCAUUACCUUCUGGCGACAAUGGAAAAUUAGGUGGAUUUACACAAGAAAAUAACACCAUAGAUUCUGGAGAACUUGAUAUUGGCCGAAGGGCAAUUCAAGAGGUUCCUCCUGGGAUUUUCUGGAGAUCACAGCUCUUUAUUGAUCAGCCACAGUUUCUGAAAUUCAAUAUCUCUCUUCAGAAGGAUGCAUUGAUUGGAGUAUAUGGCCGAAAAGGCUUACCACCUUCCCAUACUCAGUAUGACUUUGUUGAGCUCCUGGACGGCAGCAGAUUGAUUGCAAGAGAGCAGCGGAACCUUCUUGAGCCCGAAAGAGCAGGGAGACAGGCGAGAUCCGUCAGUCUGCACGAGGCUGGCUUUAUCCAGUACUUGGAUUCUGGAAUCUGGCAUCUGGCUUUUUACAAUGAUGGGAAAAAUACGGAGCAGGUGUCUUUUAAUACCAUCGUCAUAGAGUCUGUGGUGGAAUGCCCCCGCAAUUGCCAUGGAAAUGGAGAGUGUGUUUCUGGAACUUGCCAUUGUUUUCCAGGAUUUUUAGGUCCGGAUUGUUCAAGAGCAGCCUGUCCUGUGUUGUGCAGCGGCAACGGACAGUACUCCAAAGGCCGCUGCCUCUGUUUCAGCGGCUGGAAGGGCACCGAGUGCGAUGUGCCCACUACGCAGUGCAUUGACCCUCAGUGCGGGGGGCGUGGGAUUUGCAUCAUGGGCUCUUGCGCCUGCAACUCGGGAUACAAAGGAGAGAAUUGCGAAGAAGCUGACUGUCUAGACCCUGGAUGUUCCAAUCACGGUGUGUGUAUCCAUGGGGAAUGUCACUGCAAUCCAGGAUGGGGUGGUAACAAUUGUGAAAUACUGAAGACCAUGUGUCCAGACCAGUGCUCUGGUCAUGGGACGUAUCUUCAAGAAAGUGGCUCCUGUACCUGUGACCCUAAUUGGACUGGCCCAGACUGCUCAAAUGAAAUCUGUUCCGUGGACUGCGGCUCGCACGGGGUGUGCAUGGGGGGCACCUGUCGCUGUGAAGAGGGCUGGACGGGCGCAGCCUGCAGUCAGAGAGCCUGCCACCCGCGCUGCGCCGAGCACGGCACGUGCAAGGAUGGCAAGUGCGAAUGCAGCCAGGGCUGGAACGGCGAGCACUGCACCAUCGAGGGUUGUCCUGGUCUGUGCAACAGUAAUGGGAGAUGCACGCUGGACCAAAACGGCUGGCAUUGUGUCUGCCAGCCAGGGUGGAGAGGAGCGGGAUGUGAUGUGGCCAUGGAGACUCUCUGCACAGACAGUAAGGACAACGAAGGAGAUGGGCUCGUUGACUGUAUGGAUCCUGAUUGCUGUUUACAGAGUUCCUGCCAAAACCAGCCUUACUGCCAUGGGCUGCCUGACCCUCAGGAUGUCAUCAGCCAAAGCUUACAGUCCCCCCCGCAGCAGGCUGCCAAGUCCUUCUAUGAUCGAAUCAGCUUUCUCAUAGGGUCUGACAGCACCCAUGUCCUACCUGGAGAAAGUCCUUUCAAUAAGAGCCUUGCAUCCGUCAUCAGAGGCCAAGUACUAACUGCUGAUGGAACUCCUCUCAUUGGAGUAAAUGUCUCGUUUUUCCAUUACCCAGAAUAUGGAUAUACUAUUACCCGCCAGGAUGGAAUGUUUGACCUGGUGGCAAAUGGAGGGGCGUCCCUGACUUUGGUAUUUGAACGAUCCCCAUUCCUCACUCAGUAUCAUACGGUGUGGAUUCCGUGGAAUGUCUUUUAUGUGAUGGAUACCCUGGUCAUGAAGAAGGAAGAGAAUGACAUUCCCAGCUGUGAUCUGAGUGGAUUUGUGAGGCCAAAUCCUAUCAUCGUGUCCUCUCCUUUAUCCACCUUUUUCAGAUCAUCUCCUGAAGACAGCCCUAUAAUUCCCGAAACACAGGUACUCCAUGAAGAAACUACAAUUCCAGGAACAGAUCUGAAACUUUCCUACUUGAGUUCCAGAGCUGCAGGCUAUAAGUCAGUUCUCAAGAUCACCAUGACCCAGUCUAUUAUACCAUUUAAUUUAAUGAAGGUUCACCUUAUGGUAGCUGUCGUCGGAAGACUCUUUCAGAAGUGGUUUCCUGCCUCGCCAAACUUGGCCUAUACUUUUAUAUGGGAUAAAACAGAUGCGUAUAAUCAAAAGGUCUAUGGUCUAUCUGAAGCUGUUGUUUCAGUUGGAUAUGAAUACGAGUCAUGUCUGGACUUGACUCUGUGGGAAAAGAGGACCGCCAUUUUACAAGGCUAUGAAUUAGACGCUUCCAACAUGGGUGGUUGGACAUUAGAUAAACAUCAUGUGUUGGACGUUCAGAAUGGUAUACUGUACAAGGGAAAUGGGGAGAACCAGUUUAUCUCCCAACAGCCUCCGGUCGUCAGUAGCAUCAUGGGCAACGGCCGCAGGCGCAGCAUCUCAUGCCCGAGCUGCAAUGGUCAAGCCGAUGGCAAUAAACUAUUGGCUCCAGUCGCGUUAGCUUGUGGGAUCGAUGGCAGUCUGUAUGUAGGGGAUUUCAACUACGUUCGCCGAAUAUUCCCUUCUGGAAACGUAACAAGCGUUUUGGAACUCAGCAGCAACCCAGCUCAUAGAUACUACCUUGCGACUGAUCCCGUCACAGGAAAUCUGUAUGUUUCUGACACUAACACCCGCAGAAUUUAUCGCCCAAAGUCACUGACGGGUACAAAAGACUUGACUAAAAAUGCUGAAGUGGUUGCAGGGACGGGGGAGCAGUGCCUUCCAUUUGAUGAAGCCAGAUGUGGAGACGGAGGGAAGGCUGUGGAGGCGACACUCAUGAGUCCCAAAGGAAUGGCAAUUGAUAAGAAUGGAUUAAUCUACUUUGUUGAUGGAACCAUGAUCAGAAAAGUUGAUCAAAACGGGAUCAUAUCAACUCUCCUGGGCUCUAACGAUCUGACUUCAGCCAGACCCUUAACUUGUGACACCAGCAUGCACAUCAGCCAGGUACGUCUGGAAUGGCCCACUGACCUCGCCAUUAACCCCAUGGACAACUCCAUUUACGUCCUGGAUAAUAACGUAGUUCUGCAGAUCACUGAGAAUCGCCAAGUGCGCAUUGCUGCGGGACGGCCCAUGCACUGCCAAGUUCCAGGCGUGGAAUAUUCUGUGGGGAAGCACGCGGUUCAGACAACUCUGGAAUCGGCGACCGCCAUCGCGGUGUCGUACAGUGGGGUCCUGUACAUUACUGAAACCGAUGAGAAGAAGAUUAACCGAAUCCGGCAGGUCACCACAGACGGGGAGAUCUCCCUGGUGGCGGGCAUACCUUCAGAGUGUGACUGCAAAAACGACGCCAACUGUGACUGUUACCAGAGUGGAGAUGGCUACGCCAAAGACGCCAAGCUCAGCGCGCCGUCCUCCCUGGCCGCUUCCCCAGAUGGCACCCUGUAUAUCGCGGACCUGGGGAAUAUCCGGAUCCGGGCCGUGUCCAAGAACAAGCCUUUCCUUAACUCCAUGAACUUUUAUGAAGUUGCCUCCCCAACUGACCAGGAACUCUAUAUCUUUGACAUCAACGGCACCCACCAGUAUACUGUAAGUUUGGUCACUGGUGAUUACCUGUACAAUUUUAGCUACAGCAACGAUAACGAUAUCACUGCUGUGACAGACAGCAAUGGCAACACCCUCAGGAUUAGACGGGACCCGAAUCGGAUGCCAGUUCGGGUGGUGUCUCCAGAUAACCAAGUGAUAUGGUUGACGAUAGGAACCAAUGGAUGUUUGAAAAGCAUGACUGCCCAAGGACUAGAAUUAGUUUUGUUUACGUACCAUGGCAACAGUGGCCUGUUAGCCACAAAAAGUGAUGAAACUGGGUGGACAACGUUUUUUGACUAUGACAGCGAAGGUCGCCUGACCAAUGUUACCUUUCCAACGGGAGUGGUCACAAACCUCCAUGGAGACAUGGACAAGGCCAUCACGGUGGACAUUGAGUCAUCCAGCCGCGAAGAAGAUGUCAGCAUCACCUCAAACCUGUCUUCAAUCGACUCCUUCUACACCAUGGUUCAAGAUCAGUUACGCAACAGCUACCAGAUCGGGUACGACGGCUCCCUUCGAAUCAUCUACGCCAGCGGCCUGGAUUCGCACUACCAGACAGAGCCGCAUGUCCUGGCCGGCACGGCGAAUCCCACGGUUGCCAAGAGAAACAUGAGCCUUCCUGGAGAAAACGGGCAAAAUUUGGUGGAGUGGAGGUUCCGAAAAGAGCAAGCCCAAGGAAGAGUCAACGUCUUUGGUCGAAAGCUUAGGGUUAAUGGCAGAAACCUCCUUUCCGUUGACUUUGAUCGAACAACAAAGACAGAAAAGAUCUAUGAUGACCACCGUAAAUUCCUGCUGAGGAUCGCCUACGACACGUCGGGACACCCAACUCUGUGGUUGCCCAGCAGCAAGCUGAUGGCCGUCAACGUCACCUACUCAUCCACUGGUCAAAUUGCCAGCGUCCAGCGGGGAACCACUAGCGAGAAAGUGGAUUAUGACGGCCAGGGGAGGAUCGUGUCUCGGGUCUUCGCUGACGGCAAAACGUGGAGUUACACCUACUUAGAAAAGUCCAUGGUUCUCCUGCUCCACAGCCAGAGGCAGUACAUCUUCGAAUAUGACAUGUGGGACCGGCUGUCUGCCAUCACCAUGCCGAGCGUGGCUCGCCACACCAUGCAGACCAUCCGGUCCAUUGGCUACUACCGCAACAUAUACAACCCCCCAGAAAGCAACGCCUCCGUCAUCACGGACUACAAUGAGGAAGGGCUCCUUCUGCAAACGGCCUUCCUGGGUACGAGUCGGAGGGUCUUGUUCAAGUACAGAAGGCAGACCAGGCUCUCGGAAAUUUUAUAUGAUAGCACGAGAGUCAGCUUUACCUACGAUGAAACAGCGGGCGUCCUGAAAACCGUAAACCUCCAGAGUGAUGGUUUUAUUUGCACCAUUAGAUACAGGCAGAUUGGUCCCCUGAUUGACAGGCAGAUUUUCCGCUUCAGCGAAGAUGGGAUGGUAAAUGCGAGAUUUGACUAUAGCUAUGACAACAGCUUUCGAGUGACCAGCAUGCAGGGUGUCAUCAACGAGACGCCACUGCCCAUUGAUCUCUAUCAGUUUGAUGACAUUUCUGGCAAAGUUGAGCAGUUCGGAAAAUUUGGAGUUAUAUAUUACGACAUUAACCAGAUCAUCUCCACGGCCGUAAUGACGUACACAAAGCACUUUGACGCCCACGGCCGCAUCAAGGAAAUUCAGUAUGAGAUAUUCAGAUCACUCAUGUACUGGAUUACGAUUCAAUAUGAUAACAUGGGUCGGGUGACCAAAAGAGAAAUUAAAAUAGGGCCCUUUGCCAACACUACCAAGUAUGCUUACGAGUAUGAUGUUGAUGGGCAGCUCCAGACAGUUUAUCUGAAUGAAAAGAUCAUGUGGCGUUACAACUAUGACCUGAAUGGAAACCUCCAUCUGCUGAACCCGAGCAGCAGUGCACGUCUGACGCCUCUUCGCUAUGACCUGCGAGACAGAAUCACUCGACUGGGGGACGUCCAGUACCGGCUGGAUGAAGACGGGUUCCUGCGUCAACGAGGCACAGAGAUCUUCGAGUACAGCUCCAAGGGGCUUCUGACUCGCGUUUACAGCAAAGGCAGCGGCUGGACAGUGAUCUAUCGCUACGAUGGCCUGGGAAGGCGUGUAUCUAGCAAAACCAGUCUGGGACAGCACCUGCAGUUUUUUUAUGCGGACUUAACCUAUCCCACUAGGAUCACUCACGUCUACAACCAUUCCAGCUCAGAAAUUACUUCUCUCUAUUAUGAUCUCCAAGGACAUCUUUUUGCCAUGGAAAUCAGCAGUGGGGAUGAAUUCUACAUUGCGUCAGAUAACACAGGGACACCCUUGGCCGUUUUCAGUAGCAAUGGGCUUAUGCUAAAACAGAUCCAGUACACUGCAUAUGGUGAAAUCUAUUUUGAUUCCAAUAUUGACUUUCAGCUGGUAAUUGGAUUUCAUGGUGGCUUAUAUGACCCACUCACAAAAUUAAUCCACUUUGGGGAAAGAGAUUAUGAUAUUUUGGCAGGACGCUGGACGACGCCUGACAUAGAAAUCUGGAAAAGAAUUGGGAAGGACCCAGCUCCUUUUAACCUCUACAUGUUUAGGAAUAAUAACCCUGCAAGCAAAAUCCAUGAUGUGAAAGAUUACAUCACAGAUGUUAACAGCUGGCUGGUGACAUUUGGCUUCCAUUUGCACAAUGCUAUUCCUGGAUUCCCCGUGCCCAAAUUUGAUUUAACGGAGCCUUCUUACGAACUUGUGAAGAGUCAGCAGUGGGAGGAUGUGCCGCCCAUUUUCGGAGUUCAGCAACAAGUGGCGAGGCAGGCCAAGGCCUUCCUGUCCCUGGGGAAGAUGGCAGAGGUCCAGGUGAGCAGGCGCAAGGGCGGCGGCGCGCCCUCGUGGCUGUGGUUCGCCACGGUCAAGUCGCUGAUCGGCAAGGGCGUCAUGCUGGCCGUCAGCCAGGGCCGCGUGCAGACCAACGUGCUCAACAUCGCCAACGAGGACUGCAUCAAGGUGGCGGCCGUGCUCAACAACGCCUUCUACCUGGAGAACCUGCACUUCACCAUCGAGGGCAAGGACACGCACUACUUCAUCAAGACCACCACGCCCGAGAGCGACCUGGGCACGCUGCGGCUGACGAGCGGCCGCAAGGCCCUGGAGAACGGCAUCAACGUGACCGUGUCGCAGUCCACGACCGUGGUCAACGGCAGGACUCGCAGGUUCGCCGACGUGGAGAUGCAGUUCGGCGCGCUGGCGCUGCACGUGCGCUACGGCAUGACCCUGGACGAGGAGAAGGCGCGCAUCCUGGAGCAGGCGCGGCAGCGCGCGCUCGCCCGGGCCUGGGCGCGCGAGCAGCAGCGCGUGCGCGACGGCGAGGAGGGCGCGCGCCUCUGGACGGAGGGCGAGAAGCGGCAGCUGCUGAGCGCCGGCAAGGUGCAGGGCUACGACGGGUACUACGUACUCUCGGUGGAGCAGUACCCCGAGCUGGCCGACAGCGCCAACAACAUCCAGUUCCUCCGACAAAGCGAGAUCGGCAAGAGGUAACCCCCCGGGCCCGGCUGCCGGGGACGGACGGCGGCCACCCCCGCGCUGGGAGGCGGACCCAGCAGCGGGUGUCGCUGCGUUUCUCUCGAGCCUACACCGCACCUCUGCUCGGAUUUUUCUGUAGCACAAUCCGAAUCGGACUCUCCGACACAGAAGAGCCUUCCAGGAGAAUGAUACUGCUAUAAAAAAAAAAAAAAAAAAAAAAAAUCCCCCCCCCCCCCCCAAAAAAAAAAAAAAAAAAA